AUGCGUUUUUGUCUCGGCCUCGUAUUAGCUAUGGUUUUCAGCUUUCUCAUUGUUAUGGCUGCACCUGUCGAUGUGAGGUCCUGCUACUGCCAUGUUUCAGGACGUAUUAACGAUCAUCUGUUUUGUUCGACUCCGAAGGUCAAUGCUGAAAAUGCAUAUGCACCAGCGCUGAUUCGAUUUCCUUGGGGCGUCGCUCACUCAGAGGAGCCUCACGUACCCGAAGAGGUAUUCCAAGGUGUCGCACGAUACUUGAACGACAUCAAAACCGCCGAUCCAAGCCUUCCGUUGCCGGUAAUCGACUCAUUGGAGCAUGCACAUAAACGGGUUGCCUUUUAUAGUGGGUCGGCAUGGCCAGCAGGGCAUUCUGUCAAGGCGGAAUUACAGUUUGGGUGGUUCAAUGAGCAUGAGAAGUCGGUGACUUGGGUGACGCUUCCUGCUGGGAGCCCUAGAUAUGAGGUAGAGGCAUAG